CCGGAGCAGCAGCAGCAAGAGGCUUCCAAAACACCAAGUCUGCCAAAGCGAAGGAAACAGAUUGGUGGGGGGACAAAGGAUUGGGUGAAGCUUCUAUUAUAGUGACUCUGAGGACUGUCAAUUUCUCCUAGGGCAGAUUACCCCCCAGUGCGCCAAACGCCAUAGCUCACUCGAUAAGCUACGGAAUCAAUUGAUUCAACUUUCAGAGGAAAGCUGACGCUGCAAGCUACAACAUAUCCGAUUUUCAGAUCGUUUCAUCGAUUGGAGUUUUGGAUAUAGCUUUUCGAAGGUCGCGAGUUUUCUGGGCGUCAUAACGAAGUGCUGCAGAAAUUUCCAAGGAGCCAUUGAAUCAUCUGCUUCUAGCCUUCUCUAACCAACAAGUGGUAUCAGAGCCCAUUAUCACGCAUUUGGGACCUAAAUUACGAUGGGAGAUAAGGAGGACUCUGGUGGAGGUGAUACUUCAGUCCAAGGAGGCAGCUCAACCCAAGAUUCUGGCAUUGCAGCGCAAAGGGGAGCGCGUACAAGCCAGGGGUCACUGCUUAAGGAAGUGCUGAAGAACUUCACCAUUGAGAAGUUCUCUGGAGAUGGCUAUGAUGAUUGGGCAUGGAAGAUGCAGCUCUACUUUCGACAAAUUGGCCUCUUGAAGCUCAUGAUUGGAACGGAGCCCAGGCCAAAGGAAAUGGCAGAGCAAGCGGACUGGGAUGAACGUUCAUCUGCUGGGUAUUAUCUACUGUCACAAAGCUUGGAGCUGAACCAGAGGCAUCACAUCAUGCAUCUGCUACCGGAAACUGAUUGUGGGCCCAAGGCAUGGGCAGUGCUCAAGGACCUGCACGCUCCGACAUCGGUUGCUGCUUCUCUCAUGCUGGAUCGGGAGCUGUCCAUGCUGCGGUUGAGCAAGAAUGAACCUGUGCAGCCCGUUCUGGACAAGAUGAGGGAACUCUACGCGAAAUUGGCGAUUGCGGGCAUCACGUACCCUGAGCAGACUAAGUGUCUCAAGAUGCUCAGCCUGCUGCCCGAGUCUUGGCUGCAAUUUAUAAGCGGACUCAGCUUGCCACAAAACCAAAGUCAAUGGACAUUGGAGUGGAUUCGCACCAAGAUCCUGGAAGAAGAUUUUCGUCACUACACACUGCGCGGAGGUGAUGACAGCACCAGCGGCUAUGCCAUGCAAGGGACAUGGAGGGAUCGAGGGCGUGGCAAUCGCGGUCGCUCUUACUACAGCCAAGGUGGUCGCGGGACUUGGAACCAGCGAGGGCGUGGUGGCGCUGGUGCAAGAGGAAGAGGUGGUCACUCGAACAAUGACAACAGUGAACCACGCUUGAGGGGAGAGUGCUGGUAUUGCAAGGAAGAAGGGCAUCCAUGGUUUCGCUGCUCUACCAAGCCCGACUGGUGGACCCCUUGGAACCAAUCGCAAAAGGGGAAUGGAGGAAAGCAACCACGUGGAGGUGCCAACAUGGUAGCUGAUCCUGCUGAAGAAACCUCCAAGGAUGACAGAGGAAUGGGAAAUGAGGAGAGGAAUGCUGGACAGUUCUACCAUGUGUGUGACAAAGAUGACAGUGGUACAGCUGUUGCAAGGGCUGGAGAGGAAUUGCACCCGCUUGACAUGUGGGUCAUGGACUCUGGUGCUGCAUGGACAAUGACACCACGCAAGGAUUUGCUGGAUGCUGUGCGAGCGCCUCCAAUCUCUGAAGUGCGCUCAGCAUCCGGACAUGCAGUGAAGGUCGCUGGAGUUGGUCGAGCUGCAUUCAGAGCACCUGAUGGUGGACUGGUUGUGCUGAAGGAUGUGUUACUCGUACCGGGGCUGAAGGCCAAUCUGAUAUCGCUGCGCAAGCUAGGCCAGGCCGGAGUCAGCACCACCACCAAUGGAUCCAAAACAUUCAAGGGGCUGCGAGGAGAUCGUGUGUUAUGGGAUUUACACGAAAGCAGGGAUGUCUUCAGAUCCAUGUGGCACAUCCCUGCGCUGAUAUGGGAAUCAACAAAGAAGGAGCUGGGAGUAGUAAAGGCGGGAUCUGGAGUCCAGGGGGAGUGCAAUGCAGUUAGUGCUGCAGGAGUGACGGUUUCUGCAAGGUCGGGGGAGACUGAUUGGGAAACCGCACACAGGCGUCUAGGGCAUGUGGCUAUGCCAUUGCUGCAGCAACUGCAUAAGGAAGAAGCAGUAAAGGGGCUGAAGCUUUCUGGGCAACCAAAUGAUACCAAGUGCGAGACGUGUCUGCUGAGCAAGUUCACACGGUUCCCCUUUCACGGCGUAGCUGGGAAAAGCAAGGCAGCACUGGAACUGGUGCACAUGGACCUGGUAGGACAUUUUCCAGUUCGAGGAAGUAAGGGGGAAAGGUACUUCCAGACAAUAGUUGAUGACUGGAGUCGGCUGAUGUGGGCAUACCCGUUGAAGCAGAAGGAUCAUGCUGCCUCAACAAUACGAGAUGACUGGCUGCCGUUCUUCGAGCGACAAUCUGGGCACCCAUGCAAGAGCAUCAGAACCGACCGAGGUGGAGAGUUUCUAGGAGGAGAUCUGACUGCGUGGCUCAAGAAACAAGGCAUUGAGCAUCAGCUAACGACGUCCUAUACCCCUCAGUCAAAUGGCGUUGCUGAGAGGGCUAAUAGGACCAUCCUGGAAACUGCGCGAGCGCUGCUGAUCGAAUCAGGGCUGGGGAACUCCAUGUGGCCUCAUGCGGUGAGGCAUGCUACAGUGGCAAGGAACCGCGUACUCACAAAGGUAGCUGAUGAUAUGUGGGUGCCGCUGGAGAGGUGGCUUGGAAAGAAGCCUCCAGUGGACAUGCUCAGAGUGUUCGGAUGCAUGGCAGUGGCGCAUGUCCCUAAACCGUACAGGACAAAGCUUGGAGCAUCUGCACUGUGGUGUGUGCACCUUGGGCUUGCGGCAGAGAGCAAGGGGUGGCUACUCUGGGAGCCCUCAAAGAAUGUGCUGUUUGACAGUCGGGAUGUCAAAUUUGUGAAGAACAUCAUGUAUGGCAAGUGGGAGAAGCAGCCAGAGGCAAGGGUCACCCAGCAGCUGGAAGAGAUCACUAUGCACUUCGAUUUGUCCGAACCUGAGGACAGCGAAGUCACUGCGCCAACGGCAAGCGGUACUGAUGAAGGAAGCAAUGAGGAUAUUGCAGCUGAUGCUGAAGUCAAGGAUCCGGAGCAGCAGCAGCAAGAGGCUUCCAAAACACCAAGUCUGCCAAAGCGAAGGAAACAGAUUGGUGGGGGGAUAAAGGAUUGGGUGAAGGUGAAAGAAUGGGUAAAUCCAACCAUCUACCCUGCACGUACCAGAAUGGCAACAAGAAAGCUGCUGAGCUCUACAAGUGAAGGAGCCACAACUGAGCAGCAGGAACAGGCUCAAGGCGAAGAUACAGUGCUGUUCUUGGGUGAUGACCAAGAGUCAGAUGACGAAGAGCCUGCAUACUGCUUUUACGCACCAAUACAACCUCCAGGCAUGGAUCAUGCGCUAGCCGGGCCUCAACGGGGGAAAUGGCUCGUUUCAAGAGAUGCAGAGUACAACAGCCAGAUGGAGAACCACACAUGGGACCUGGUGUACUUGCCAAAUGGGAAGAAGGCAAUACAGUGCAAGUGGCUGGCAAAAAUCAAGACGGAUGAGAAAGGAGAGCCAUCAGUUUACAAGAGCAGGCUGGUGGCAAAGGGGUUUCAGCAGAAAGAGAAGGAAGAUUACAAAGAAGUGUUUGCCCCAACUGCUAAGUCUCCAACGCUACGUGUGCUGCUGGCGGUAGCUGCUGUGCGCAAAUGGAAGGUGAAGCAGAUGGACAUCGUAACCGCUUUUCUGUACGGCAUUGGUCCUUCCCUUUCAUCCUUCCCUUCCCACCCCACCUUCCAACUAUGCUUCAAUGCCUUUUCCAUCAUGUCUCUGAACUUGUAAGCUUCUAUUAUAGUGACUCUGAGGACUGUCAAUUUCUCCUAGGGCAGAUUACCC